AUGGGCGGUGGGUGCCGGGCCCGGGCUCCCCCGGCCGCGGGGCUGCGGCUGCUGCUCGCCCACGCCGUGCUGCUGCUCUGCGCCGCCGGGAGCGCCGCCGGCACCGGCUCCGUGAAUCCCUGUUGCUAUUUCCCCUGCCUGCACCAAGGGGUGUGUGUGAGGGUUGGUCUGGGAGAAUACGAGUGUGACUGCACGAGGACAGGAUACUACGGGGUCAACUGCACCUCCCCUGAGUUCUGGACGCGCCUCCACAACCUGCUGAAGCCCAGUCCUGCCUUCUACCACUUCAUCCUGACCCACUUCAAGUGGUUUUGGGACAUUAUCAACAGAACCUUCAUCAGGGACACGCUCAUGAGGCUUGUGCUGACAGUUCGUGCCAAUCUCAUCCCCAGCCCCCCCACUUUCAACUCCGAUUAUGGCUACAUCAGCUGGGAGGCCUAUGCCAACGUCAGCUACUACACCCGCGUCCUCCCGCCCGUGCCGGACGACUGCCCCACGCCCAUGGGCACCAAAGGGAAGCAGCAGCUCCCCGACCCCCAGCUCCUGGCAGAGAGGUUCCUGCUGCGGCAGAAGUUCGAGGCUGAUCCCCGAGGCACCAACAUGAUGUUUGCCUUCUUUGCCCAGCACUUCACCCACCAGUUCUUCAAGACAUCUGGGAAGAUGGGCCGUGGCUUCACCAAGGCUCUGGGGCACGGGGUGGACCUGGGACAUCUCUACGGGGACAACCUGCAGCGGCAGCACCAGCUGCGACUCUUCAGGGAUGGGAAACUGAAAUUCCAGGUGGUGGAUGGGGAGAUGUACCCCCCCGUGGUCACCGACGCUCCCGUUCACAUGGUGUACCCGUCUGCCGUGCCCAAGGAGCAGCAGUUGGCCAUGGGGCAGGAGGUGUUUGGGCUGCUGCCGGGGCUGUGCGUGUACGGAACGCUCUGGCUGCGCGAGCACAACCGCGUGUGCGACGUGCUCAGGCGGGAACACCCCACCUGGGACGACGAGCAGCUCUUCCAGACGGCGCGGCUCAUCCUCAUCGGGGAGACCAUCAAGAUCGUUGUUGAAGAUUAUGUCCAGCACCUCAGUGGGUACUACCUGAGCCUCAAGUUCGACCCUGAGCUGCUGUUUGGGUCACAGUUCCAGUACCGGAAUCGCAUCGCGGUGGAGUUCAACCAGCUCUACCACUGGCACGGGCUGAUGCCCGACUCCUUCGUCAUCCAGGGGGAAGAGUACAGCUACCAGCAGUUCCUCUACAACACCUCCAUGCUUAUGGACUACGGCGUGGAGGCACUGGUGGAGUCCUUCUCCAAGCAGGUAGCAGGAAGGAUCGGUGGGGGACAGACCAUCAACGCCAAUGUCUUGCAUGUGGCCAUUGGGGUCAUCAAGGAAUCCCGGCAGCUGAGGCUACAGCCCUUCAACGAGUAUCGGAAGAGGUUUGGCAUGAAGCCCUACAAGUCCUUCCAGGAGCUGACAGGAGAGGAAGAGAAGGCGGCGGAGCUGGAAGAGCUGUAUGGAGACAUUGAUGCUCUGGAGUUUUAUCCAGGCUUGCUGCUCGAGAAACCCCAACCCAAUGGCAUUUUUGGGGAAAGCAUGGUGGAGAUUGGAGCUCCAUUUUCCCUAAAGGGGCUUUUUGGAAAUCCCAUCUGCUCCCCAGAGUACUGGAAACCCAGUACAUUUGGUGGAGCCACCGGCUUUGAGAUAGUGAAGACGGCAUCGCUCAAGAAGCUCGUGUGCCUCAACGUGAAGAGGUGCCCGUACGUCGGGUUCCACGUGCCAGAUGCUGUGGAACAUGGCAGCCCUCGGGCUGGGGGACCAUCUACAGAGCUCUAGCACUGGGAUGACCUGCCCAGGGAACAGUGGGGACACAGGGACCUGCCCACCCCUGUGCCGAGCAGGAGCAGGACAGGAGAUGAUCCCAUCCUGAAUGUCCUCCAUGCCAGCCCUCGAGGAGAGGCUGCUCCCAGCUGGAGUGCCUCAGGAGUGUGGCUGCCCUGCUGUCCUCAGCAGACUCACAUCUCUUGCUACUGAAUACCUUGCACAAAACCAGCUUUGGGGUUCCCCAGGGGAUGCUCUGGACUCCCCUGUGCUUCGUCACCCUCCAUCCCCGCUGCAUCCCAGCACCAGACCACCAGCAGCCCCUCUUCCACAGGGCCUCCCCACUCGGGACAGAGGAGUGCAGAGCCCUCACACUCCUCCCUCCUCUGCUGCACCUGGUUACGUGAUGAGCUCCCCAAUGGACAGGAAGGACACGGUUUAGGUGUUCCUGCUACCCCAGCAGUGGCUGAGCUUGCAGCAGGAACCUGCCCUGCUCUGCUUCUCCUGCAUCCUCUGGACUGUCCACCCCAGCCUGUCCAGCACAGGGGCACAGCCGGGACACAGCCAGGAGAAGGAACCAAAGCAGUGUCUCUCCUGGAGGAGACCAGGGGAGAAGCAUCAGAUCAGACCUCCCAGACCUCCUGUGCCUCCAACACACUGGCUUGGACCCUGGCACGUGCUGCUGGCUGCCCACCCGGGGCUGCUCGGAGCGAGAUGCUGCCUCUGUGCACACACAGCAAUGGAGUCCCUUCCAUCCCACCAUCAUCACACUUCCCUGCACUAACAGCUCAGCAAACACAUCCUCACAGCACACAGAGCCUGCUGCUGUCCUGCUCCCUGCACGCAGACGUCAGCCCUCGCCCAGCCCAGCCACGUGUCACUGGCAGCCACUGUCACUGGCCUUGAUCCCCAUCAGAUCCCAGGUCACCUCCAGGAAAACGGACGUUUAAAGUAAUAAAUGAUUUUAAAAACUCCUCUCACUUCUGGCUGUGCCGGGUCAUUGCUGACCGCACAUGAAGAAUAAACGGAGUGACCACCCUCCUUAGGAGAUGCUUCUGUGGGGGUCUCUGAGCCCAAGUGUCCCCUGCAGGUUUGAGCCACGCUGCCCUUCAGCCACCCCCAGCCCUGUGCUGUCCUGAUGCCACAGUUCAGGGUGUUUGGGUGAUGGUUUCAGGCAUGUGGUGG